AUGCCCCGGCGCCUGUUCUCUUCUGCGCUGCCGCUCCUCCUCUUUUUCAUAUGCUGCGGCAGUGAGUCUGUGCAGGCUGAUGGGCCUGUCGCAGCGACGGCCAUCGAUCCCUUUGCAGGGACAACACUGGUAUCCGGUGCCAAGUGGGAGGAAAUUAAACCCACUGAGGGGUCAGUCUGCUCGCUGCGCGACCCCAGCCUCGUGGAGGUGGGCGGCGAGGUGUUUGCCGUUGCUGCGGCCCAGUGCAGGAAGGAAGGUGCCGGCGACGGCGGCGGCUUUGCCGGGAUUGCGUCGAAGCACCUCAAGAAAAGUGAAGAUUAUUCCUUGGAGGUCUCGGCGGCGGACGCAAGUUCAUUUGGCGCACAGCUGCUAAAGAAGGGCGCGGAGGCGACGGACGUAAUGCAACCGACAACAGUUGUGCACGGCAGAAAUGUCUACAUGCUGCUGGGAAACUACAGCCGUGCAUCGUCUGCAAGUCAAGUUUCCGGAAAAACUGGCUGGAAUCUUUUGCUGGUGAAGGGAACUGUCACUGGAGACGGUGAGGCGAUGAAAAUCCAAUGGAGUGAGACCCAUGCGGUGCAGCCUGAAGCCCACGCAAGUCUCAACUCCCUGACGCGGCUGGCUGGCGGCGGAGGCUCGGGCCUUGUGCUGAGUGACGGCACGCUUGUGUUCCCCAUGCAGGCCACGGACAAGACGGCUGGGACGAGUGUUCUGCUGGUCAUGCGCUUUACUGCGUCAGAGAAGAAAUGGACGCUUUCGUACGAUACGACCGGCGCGAGCUGCAGCGACCCAUCCGUCGUGGAGUGGGAAAAAAACAAGUCCUCGCGAUGGCUCCCUGUGCGGGCGGCUACUAUGAGGUGCACGCGACCUCUUGGGGAGCGAGAAACUGGUUUGAUGUGGGAGAGCCGAUUUCCCGCGUGUGGGGCA